GAUCGUCGUCUGCCUGGACUUAAUGCUGCUGGCUGUUAAAUUCUCCCUCUCGCUUGUUCGGUUUUGAGAAGCUGGAAGUCGCGUUUCAUGUAGAAUUCGCCUGAAUUUGUAGAAAUUCGGGCAAGUUGCUGAAACAGGAACUCAAGCUCUCUGAGAAAUGAUAGACUGAGCUUGGUUAAGCGGCAGAUGGCAGUUGCUGGUACUGCGUCUCGAGGCUCUGUGGCUGUUGUUGGCAUUGCAAAGUGAUGGAGCUUAAUCCUGAAAGGUUUUUAUGAAGUUUUGAGAUGUGAGAAUGAGAUCGUGAUUUCUUCUGUGGAGUGGGUUUUCUUAUUAUCGUGUGCAAGUAACUCCCCUGCUAUGGAUUUACAUCCUAAAACGACUGGAUCAUGCCUAUACGACUGGAUUUUCCAAUAGCUAAUACCCUGUAUUCUUUUACCAAGCCUUUCUCUGACAAUACUCAAUCUCGGAGUUAAGCCACAGGCUUGGUAAACAUGGCACCGUGUGUGCAUACAUUGUGUUGCCAAGGCAGACCAAACUGGCAAUUCGCUUGCGGACUCUCUCAUUCUAAAACGAUGUCUAUCUCUAGUGCUACUACACCUAUGUGUCGUCUCUCUGUUGAGGGGAUCGCUGUCACUUCCAGGAUGAUUGCGACAUAUCCUUUAGUUGUUUGCUUCAGAGAAGAUGAUGCCCCAUUUCCUGAGUAUUUGGUGGAGAGGAAUUGGAGUGAUAUGAGUGUGCGCACCAACUUGGAGAUACAGUAUAGCCCCUGGGCUAUACAGAUGAUGAAUGGGUUCGCGGAGGAGGCCAAGCAGAAAGAGAGCACUGGUGGUCCUCCUGGUAAUGGAAAAGGAGGUGACGACGGGGAUGGCCACGGUGGAGGUGGCGGAGGGGACGACGAUGCCGACGAUCAUAUAUUUCUCUUGCCAAUGUUGACACUUGCCUUCGCAGCAUUCCAUUUAGGUUACUGUAUUGCCAUUUGGGUGAAGGAUGAUGGUUUGAACCUUGAGUUCAUCCGAACAGGGCUUGGUCUUUUUUUCCUGUUGGCGGUUUCAGCGUUACGUCUCAAUGUAGAAACUGGCAAAGAUGCCCACGUUCUUGGGAUUGUAUCAUCCUUGGGUGUUAUGGUCUGGACUGGCGAACGCUGCCUAAUAAAACGGGAGGGAAGCCUAGCAGGUGUUGUGGCCGUGUUUGCCGCAUCCAUGGCUGUAACAUUCACUGUCGCCCUGUACCAAACGUUUUGAACUUGAACAAUCAAAGCCAUUCAACAAACCUGGCACAUUACAGACACCCUCUAAAUCUCCACGUUACGUCAGUGCAUCACAUCCGAAUCAUUUCCUGGAGUCUAAUGCCAUUGGAGAUGCUAUUUCUUUGUAGACUAAAAAACUUGUAAAUACUGGAAUGUAUAGAGAUAUGUGCUGAGGAGCCGGCAGCAUAGUAGUGGUAUUUUUUUCCUAAAGAUUACUAAAAAAAUUGAAAGAUAAUUUCUGGAAGACCAGCCAAGUGUCUGGGUCUUAGAAUAAUGCACCAGGAGCUUUGAAGCUAGCUUGCACUAACGAGGGCGAGAACACCAGACACAUUCGUUCCAACCGUAUCCACUGGUGCACUCCGUAGUAGAGAGCACAUUAACGGAAAGGAAGUCGAAGAAACGGAGACUCUCAUCUCGGGUUCUAAAUCCAUAUUACCCUCCAUCCGAAGACAGCAGCAUCAACGAGUGGUGGCGGGGAUAACCCAUUUGACAAACCUAAACAGAAUUUGUGCCGGAACUUAACUGUCUCAAUUGUGCAACGAAUAUCAAUGCAAUGAAUGUUAUAGUUUUCCCACCGCAUCUUUCCUCC